GCCAUGAGAACCAUAACACACCCACAAACACAGAACACAAUACCGGGUCGUUACAGUAUUGUGUGGCAGAAAGGCAGGUGAACAUCAGACCACAUCCUCUAUAAUAAGUAUAAAGAGAGAGAUCAGAGAGCAUCACAGCACAAUAGACUCUGAACUACAGAGGUUACAUCAGAGUUAAAUAACCAUGAUCCUCUCUACAGCAGCCAGUUUCUGGACCUCUACCAUGAUCCUUCUAUAUCUGCACUCAGGUGACUGUGCAGAGAUCAUUGGUGGAAAGGAGGUGACGCCUCACUCCUUACCCUACAUGGCUCUACUGGAGGACAACAAAGGAAACAAAAUGUGUGGAGGAAUCCUGAUCCACCAGCAAUGGGUCCUGACUGCAGCCCACUGUACUGACAUCAACAAGGUGUUUCUAGGGGUCCACUCCAUCAAACAGGAGGAGAAGGAGACUAGACAGGUCCGUAAGGUUAAAGGUCGCAUCCCUCAUCCCUGUUAUGACCCCGAAUUCAAAGUCAACGACAUCAUGCUGCUGAAGUUGGAUAAGAAAGUAAAGCCGACUAAGGCGGUGAAACCUCUAGCGUUACCUGUCCCUGUGGCAGACGUCCAAGCAGGGACCAACUGCUCAGUGUCUGGAUGGGGAGCCACCAAGAACAAUGCUAAAACCAUGUCUGACGUCCUGAAAUCUACCAUUGUCACCGUGAUCGACAGGAGGAAGUGUAACUCUGCAGAAUACUACAACAUGUCCCCAAUCAUCACCUACAGCAUGCUGUGUGCCGGCUCUGUGGACAACACCAGGGUGGACUCAUGUCAGGGAGACUCUGGUGGCCCGUUGGUGUGUGUUAAAGUAAUAUAUGUGCUGUGUGUUUCAGGGAGACUCUGGUGGCCCGUUGGUGUGUGUUAAAGUAAUAUAUGUGCUGUGUGUUUCAGGGAGACUCUGGUGGCCCGUUGGUGUGUGUUAAAGUAAUAUAUGUGCUGUGUGUUUCAGGGAGACUCUGGUGGCCCGUUGGUGUGUGUUAAAGUAAUAUAUGUGCUGUGUGUUUCAGGGAGACUCUGGUGGCCCGUUGGUGUGUGUUAAAGUAAUAUAUGUGCUGUGUGUUUCAGGGAGACUCUGGUGGCCCGUUGGUGUGUGUUAAAGUAAUAUAUGUGCUGUGUGUUUCAGGGAGACUCUGGUGGCCCGUUGGUGUGUGUUAAAGUAAUAUAUGUGCUGUGUGUUUCAGGGAGACUCUGGUGGCCCGUUGGUGUGUGUUAAAGUAAUAUAUGUGCUGUGUGUUUCAGGGAGACUCUGGUGGCCCGUUGGUGUGUGUUAAAGUAAUAUAUGUGCUGUGUGUUUCAGGGAGACUCUGGUGGCCCGUUGGUGUGUGUUAAAGUAAUAUAUGUGCUGU